AUGGUUACGUGGGCGUGGUUUCCGGUCGUCGGUCUGUUGCUGGCAGCAGCGACCGGCCAGGAACCUAAAACACGAGAUGAGAUUCGACCGCAGGUGUCGGCGGCCAAGCAAGAACUGGCCGGCUCCAGCAGGCUGCCGGGACAAUUGCAGCCGCCGCGACCGUUCGUGCCCGUCGAGAAUCUGCUGGGCAUUAUCGCGCCGGCCGAAAGAAACCAGAAGAAACGACAGCUGGCCGAUCUCGGGCUAACCUUCCCGCAGCCAUUGUUACCGCUAAAUGGCCAAACUCCGCUUCCGCUUCUCGAGACGACUUUUGGCGCGGGUCUCGGUGCCAGCAUCGUUCCACGAAUCACUCCGCAACCGAAGCAGAUCAUCACGCGGAUAACCGAGGCCUCGCCGCCGGUUGGUCACGUCACCAUCGUGACCCCACCAGUCGUUGAAUCGCAACGUAGAGUUCACGACUUAAACAGGGCAUUCCACCACAAAUCCCACUCCUUCCACCAUAAGCAUGGACAUCACCAUGGACAUCAUCACGAUCAUCAUCACGACCACCAUUCGCAUCACGACCAUCAUGCCAAGCACGGCCAUCAUCAUGGACACAAGCAUCACCACGGGCACGAGCAUAAGCACGAUCAUCAUCAUCACGAGGAGCAUAAACAUCACGAGGACCACAAGCACCAUCAUGAUCAGCAUCACCACCACGGGCACCAUCAUGAUCAUGGACAUAAGCACGAGUCUGAGCAUAAGCAUCACCAUGGUCACGAGCACAAACAUGGACACCACCACAAGCACGGCCACAAGCACGGUCACGAGCAUAAGCAUCAUGGAGAGCACAAGCAUCAUCAUGGGCAUGAUCACCAUUCGAAGCACGAACACCAUGAGGAGCACAAGCACCAUUCGGAGCAUCAUCAUCAUCACAAGCAUCAUCAUCAUAAUGAGCACCAUCAUCACCACGACCACCAGCACGUUAACGAGCAUCAUCAUCAUCACAGUCAUAAGGAAACCGAGAAACAUCACCAUCACCACGGACACGAUCACAAGGAGCAUCACAAGCAUGGGCACAAAGAGGAGCAUAAGCAUCACCACGGACACGAGCACAACCACAAGCACGGCCACCACGAAGAUCAUAAGCAUCAUCAUCACCAGGACCAUCAUCACAAGCAUGGCCACGACCACAAGCAUAACCACCAUGAAGAGCAUCAUCACGGCCAUCACGAGCACCACAAGCAUGACCAUCACGAGGACCAUCACCACAAGCACGGCCAUGAACAUAAACACGGUCACAAAGAAGAUCAUCAUCACGGUCAUCACGAGGACCAUCAUCAUGGUCAUCAUGAAGACCAUAAACACCACCAUCACGAGUCCCACAAGCAUGGCCACCACCAUAAGGAAGACCACAAGCACGGCCACGACCAUAAGCAUCAUCAUGAUCAUCACGAGCAUCAUAAACACCACGAGGACCAUAAGCAUCACGAGGGACACGAACAUAAACAUCAUCACAAGCAUCACGAAGGCCAUAAGCAUCACGAGGAUCACCAUCAUAAGCACGGACAUGACCAUCACGAUAAGCACCACGAGGACCAUCAUCAUCAUGAGUUCGAAAGCCACGGGCACGGGCAUUUCAAAAGCUUCGGCCAUCAUUUCGAAUCCCCGCCCGCUCACGAAGAAUAUAUACUCUCGGAAGAAAGCGCGGCGAUUUCAGUGACGCCGCCCAUAGAAGACGUUCUAAAGAUCACGAAAUCACCGGCAGCGAGGGAGCCCGUGGAACGCACGGAGAUUGUGCAAGUUUAAUGCAUGAAUCAUAACGUGAACAACGACAGGGUUAGAAGCAGAACGUGUAAAAUAAGUUACUUACAAACUAUAUACGAGUACGUCAACGAGAAUGAAAAGAAAAUAUUUAGCGGCGCAGAAUAAAAGAUUUCACGUACUUAAACUUUGGAGCGUUGAAUUUCCUGCUAUAUUCUAUGUGAAAGCGCAAAUUGUUUUAAUCGAAAACAUUUUGUUAUGUAUCAUAUUGGUUUCUCCUGAUUCACCAAUUUUUGAAAACAUAUUGAAACAAGUUGAACAAUGGUUGGCAUUCUUUCAGAUCACUUUUUUAAGGAUUCUUUGUUCAUAUUCUAUGUAUUCGUUAAUAAAGAAAUAACUGUCAAAUUUGUUAAAACAGCAUUAACUGGAGAAAAAAACAGAGAUAAAGAGACAUGUGAAAA